AUGAACCUACACCAUUACUUCUUUAUGAUCAGUUAUCACAACAACUGUAACAAUUAAUCAACGAAAAAUAUGUUAUUAUUGAUGGUGAAAAAUUUAAUAUUAGGUUUCAAUUAUUUAAAGCUGAUCUUCCAUACCGGUCACUUUCAAUAUAUGUAUCAAACAACAUAAUGGCUACUACUGUUGUUCUAAUUGUCUUCAGUAUGGAAAAACUUAUGAUGGUCCAAAUGUUUAUUAUCCUUAUACUGAUACAUAUCCAACUCGUUCACAUGGUGAUUAUAUUAGUUCAUCUGCUGAAGCUGAACGAAAUCAAAAUCAAAUUUCUGUUUUUGGUAUACAUAGAAAGUCUCCAUUAUUAUCAUUAUUUGUUAAUGUACAAAUAAAUUGUCCAUUUGAUUAUACAUGCAUCUAUGUUGUAGGUAACAUUCAAGAUGUUGUUACUGUUGAACCACUUCUUGAUGACUAUCGAAAAAAUGUUUCUGUUGUGUAUGGAGAUAAAAAACUUCAGCUAUACAGUUUACAUGCUCAUAGAUAUCUUGUUCAACAAGUAUUAUCACAUGGAGCUUUAUUUACUCAUGGAUGUUUUGGCGAUGAAAGCUUCUUAGGUAUAUUAAAACGAAGCAGAAGAAGUAAUAUAAGAAUUCCUUAUCAAAUAUUCAAAUCGUAUUUAUUACGUGAUUCUCAAUACGCUGAAGAACAAACAACAAUCACUGUUAAUAAUAUAUUUGUAGAUGAAAAAGUCUAUGAUACUUCCUAUUUAAAUCAAGACGUUUAUCGAGAUUACUUCACUAACUUUAGAAACUUGUGCCAAGUUCAAUUCAACGAAACAGUAGAUAAUACUUUUUCUUUAUGUAGUCGUUUUCAACGUGGAAUUAUUAAAUUUAGUUCAUUAUUAUAUAGUCGAAUAGGUUCACAACUAACCAAUAUUGUUUUUUUGAAAUAUCCUCAAUGUUUUGCAAAGAAAAAUAAAUGUUUUGGUAUUAUCAUUUGGUAUUUCAAAUAUAAAUCAACCAACUAUGCAUUCCUUAAACAACUAAAGUGUACUGAUAAUGUUAUAAGAACCACACGCACCGAUCAACUUGGUAAUGUUGCUCAUGCAUUUGUUGAUCGUUUUUAUAGCAUUGUCGAUAUUAAAACAUUUGAACUUUGCUUUAUACGUGUAGAAGAUAUUUUGCAUCAAUGUAUAGUUAUUCCGUUUUAUGACUUGCAUUUAUUUUCUGAAGUUCUUUGUGCUUAUGAGCAUGAUUAA